AAGUUCACGAUCAGUUCGACUCUGAUUGUCGUAUUCAACACUUCGACUUAUAACUUAGUAAAAUUUUAAUUAAAAAUGCUUCAAUCACGUGUUUUAGUGGUUGUAAUAGCAUCGGCAGUAGUUUUAUUAUACUGUUCACCAGUAUUAGCAAAUUCGAUAGUUAAUAAGGAAGAUGAUGUCAAGGACAAUGACAUCCCGAUCGUGGGAAUUCUUACAAUGGAACCAUCCUCCUAUACCCGCAAAAAGUUUGCAGAUAGAAAUUUAACUAGUUACCUUGCGGCUUCCUAUGUUAAGUUUGUUGAAGGUGCUGGUGCUCGAGUUGUGCCAAUAUGGAUUGGCAAGUCACCUGAAUAUUAUAAGGAUAUUGUAACUAAAAUAAAUGGUGUCGUUUUACCUGGUGGAGCAACUUAUUUUAAUAAUUCACAAGGAUAUGCAGAUGCAGGUUAUCACAUUUACAAUGCAGCUAUUGAAUUAAAUGAAAAAGGAACAUAUUUUCCUCUUUGGGGAGUGUGCCUUGGAUUUGAACUUAUUGCUUAUAUUGAAUCUAACCGAACGGAACAUAGAGCUAUAUGUUCAUCUAAUCGUCAACCAUUGCCAUUAGAGUUUGUUGAAGGAUACAAUACGAGUAGAUUGUUUGGCAGUGCACCUACAGAGGUUAUAUCUAUGCUUAAGAAGAAGAAUGUUACUGCAAAUUUCCAUCAGUUUUGCAUCACUAAAAAGAUUUUCCACGAAUAUGGCUUUGACAAAAAUUAUAACAUCCUAAGUAUCAACCACGAUUGGGAUGGUUUUGAAUUUAUUUCUUCCAUCGAACAUAAAAGGUAUCCCUUUUAUGGUGUUCAAUUUCAUCCUGAGAAAAAUCUCUAUGAAUUCAUUCGAAAUCGUGGCAUCCCACAUAUGUUAGAAGGCAUACUUACAUCACAAUAUUUUGCUUAUUUCUUUGUCGCUGAGACACGAAAAAAUAUGAACAAGUACACGGAUCCCAAAGAGGAAGAAAACAGUUUGAUAUAUAAUUUCGACCCUGUGUAUACAGGAAAGAAUGGAUCCUCGUUUAUGCAACAAUACCUAUUUGAGGGUGAUAAAACAGCAAUACCAAUCCCUGGAUUUGGAUACCGUCCAAUGAGUCGACGAAUAAGUUUGGCUAAGAAAAAUCGGUCUUCCCAGCGAUCUCAAGAUUCUAAUGAUAUUUGAUUAAUUGUGUGCCAAAAAUUAUAAGUGAAAUAAAAAUGUAAAAAU